GCUCUCCAUCAUCACUUCUCCCGUCUUCACUUUCCUUCGUCGAUCCUCACCAACAACUAGCUAGCCUGAAGUAACGAUUAACUAGCCAGUGUUUAAUUAAGAGCCAUUUCAAAAAUGGCGGAUUCGAGUUCGGCUUCGGGUUCGGGCCAGGGGAGCAGGAGGAUGUGGUGCUCGGUGCCGGAACGGCUGCAGCUGCACAUGGCCAUGCUGGCCCUGCAGUUCGGCUACGCCGGGUUCCACGUCGUGUCGAGGGCUGCCCUCAACAUGGGCAUCAGCAAGAUCGUGUUCAUUGUCUACCGGAACAUCAUCGCCUUCCUCCUGCUCCUUCCCUUCGCCUACUUUCUCGAAAAGAAGGAGAGGCCUGCGAUCACUUUGAACUUCCUCGUCCAAUUCUUCUUCCUCGCGCUUAUCGGAAUUACUGCAAACCAAGGAUUCUACUUGCUGGGUCUUGACAAUACAUCGCCCACCUUCGCUUCUGCUAUUCAGAACUCCGUCCCGGCCAUCACCUUCCUCAUGGCAGCAAUACUAAGGAUAGAGCAAGUACGGCUGAACCGGAAGGACGGAAUCGCGAAGGUGGUCGGGACAUUGUGCUGCGUGGCAGGUGCCUCGGUCAUUACCCUCUACAAGGGCCCAACCAUCUAUAGUCCAGCCCCGCCGCUCCAAUCUGUCAUGGGGCUCCACUCGAGCCUGAGCCUGAACCCGUUUUUUCCGUCCCUGCAGUCCUUGUCCCUGGGGGAUGCGAGGGGCAAGAACUGGACAUUGGGGUGCGUGUUCCUCAUCGGGCACUGCCUGUCGUGGUCGGGCUGGCUCGUGCUGCAAGCCCCAGUCCUCAAGAAGUACCCGGCCCGGCUCUCGGUUACCUCGUACACGUGCUUCUUCGGUCUGAUCCAGUUCCUCAUCAUAGCUGCCUUCGUGGAGAGGGACCUCCAAGCUUGGCUCGUGCGCUCCGGGGCCGAAGUCUUUAGCAUCUUCUACGCGGGAGUGGUGGCAUCAGGGAUAGCAUUCGCCGUGCAGAUCUGGUGCAUCGACAGAGGCGGCCCAGUCUUCGUGGCCGUCUAUCAGCCUGUUCAGACCCUCGUCGUUGCUAUCAUGGCCUCCAUUGCUCUCGGAGAAGAAUUCUACUUGGGCGGGAUAAUUGGAGCGGUGCUGAUCAUUGCGGGACUCUACCUUGUCCUCUGGGGGAAGAGCGAAGAGAAGAAGUUCGCCAGCGCAGCGAUCCAGUCCGGUGGUCCGGAGCAGGGUAACAACAGGACAUCGCUCCACAUCAAGUCGUCCCUCAACCAGCCGUUGCUCCCGCCGUCGACAGAAAAUGUUUGACCGGCGACGACUUCUUCCAUUGCGUAAUUAAUCAAUUUGACUCCCCAGUUACAGUGCUGAAAUGUUCGCAUGCCGUUGAAAAAUCAAUGGAGUUCUUCUUUUAAUUUCCUUUUUUCACUACUUUUGUUUUUGGUAAUAUUUAGUUUUUUUUUUUAAAUGGAAGUAGUAAGGCAUGAAAGAGGGGGGGAAUCAAUGAAAUGAUGAUGAUUGCCACUAAUGGGCUGAUAUAUCCCGUUUGAUUUGUAUGCCAAUCAUGGAAUUGAUUAACGUGAAAAGAAAAGGGAUCAUCUCCA